CCAGCAUGGGAUGGGUGACUGCUGGCAGCCUUCCCGAGUGCAUCCGUGCAUGAUAAGCAAUCAGUGUCUUGCAGCUUACACUCUUGCCUAUACCGUCGCCUAUACCCUUGCUUGCCAUUGCUGCAAUCAAAUGUCCCUCUGACGUUCGACAGUGUACAUACAGGCUACCCCGAGUCAUCCAUCCGGCAUGACUCACGAGAGGGCCAGGGACUGGGAGACGGGGGUGACCCGCCACCCGUCCAACGGAAGCACACUGCAUAUUGUAUACAGACACCACGAACGGGACUCUCAUCUGAGAGGGGGUAUCAUUUGAUACGCACGGGUCUACCACACAACAGUGUACAAAUAAACCACUGCACACUUAGUCCCGUCCCGUACCGUACCGCGUCUCGCUGCCAUUGAGCAUCGCCACAAACAUCUCACGGCGUCAGUUGAUGAACACGAAGGCCAAGCAACUCCACCAACGAUUAGAAGCAUGAUGUCAUCAGAACUCGACACUCGCCGGCCGCCCCAUGCUGAUUCGCCAGGGCGCUAUCGCCGCGCCACGCGGCCGCAGCGGACGGCCACUCCUGGUCGAGCCGAGCCGCACGCCGGGUGCCGGGAGGCGAGCUCCAGCCAUGCCGUCGACUGGGGAGAGCCGCGGCUCGCUGAUGGUGGAUUGGUGGUUCUGGCCGGUGGUGGUGGCUGUGCCUGUGUGCGCCAUAUGGAUCUUUAAUUACGGCCUGUGGCUCGCGUUCACUCAAGUGUGCCUGUGCGGUCUCUGCCUGACCGGCGCUCGCCUCCUUGUCUCGACCGGCGCUCGCCUCCUUGUCUCGAAGGGUGGCGAGUGGAAAGUGUGGCAGUGUUUGGGCCUCCCGACGGGCGCCGGGAGCCACGGCCUCCAAGAGCUUGACAAGCACACUUUCCUGGCGCUUCUGGGGAUCGUUAUUGUUCAGCUUGUGGUGUCGUCGGAGGUGCUAUGGCUGAUGCUCAGCCACUGGUUCCUGGUGCUGAUCGCCCCGAUACUGGCAGUGACUCUUAACUAUGUCGGCACGCCGAAGGUUCUGCUGGAAGAGGUUUUGGAAAGCUCGCAAAUCAGCUAUGCCCAGGGCGCUGCUUGGGCCUUCUACAUGGGCUAUCUGACGAAGACACUGGACUACGACAACAGAUCGGAGGCUAGCUUCAAAGAGCGCAUGAAUGACUAUUUGACGAGCAAUGAGCUGCAGGAUGAUACUCGAGCUUACACAUCGAAAAAUCGAAUGCUGAUAGUGGUGCCCAUGAAGCGGGAAGCGUUGUUGAGUGAUAGGGGACUCACGGAUCACGAUCGCCAUGGCCUUCUUACUCCGGAGAAGAAGCUGGAAGGCAUCGAAGACCAUGGAAGGAAGUUCGGAGAAACUCAGGUGUACCGCAUUGAAGAGGGUGGCAAAACGUACCGCGUGGCAAUGGAGGAGGCCACCCCGAUCCGAACGGCCGCGCACGCCGUCGAUGAUGCCACUGCGAAAUUCGAAGCAGCGGAGUUUGAAGAGUUCGCCAAACGUUUUAUGAGUCAGCUGGAGGCCAUUCUGGCCACGAAGCAGGCCGUCGGAAACCAGAUCAAGCUAGUUCCCAUCUACGACGUCAAUGAAGUUCGCAGUAAGGUGCUUGAGUGCCUAAAGGAGCUGGAAAAAGAAGAGGCCGAGGAGGCGGCCCGCGCGUCUGAGCAGAGCGAGACACGCUCUCGGGCGAGCGCCGACUCACCAACCCCCUAGAGCAUCAGUGAGGUGGAGUCUAGGGAAACUGGGCCGAGCGUGACACGCCCAGCGCGAGCGCCGACCGCGGACUCACCAGCCCCCGAGAAGCGUCGAUCAGACGAAGUCUACGGACGCUGCGAGUAGCUGAUGACAGCCACUACCGUGGCUCCAAAACUGCGUUCGUAAAGUAGCUUGGGGGAAGUGAUGUUGUGCUUGAUAAAAAAUUACUUGUGAUUCGCAUGCUUAAAAUUGUCAAUGAGCUUCGUUUGACGUAUUUGCUUCGAAUAAAUUGAAUGAUUUUCUCCGCCAUUCAAUGGUUAUGCGCGCAUUUUGCGCGUUAUUGUCCAGUACCCAGAACGCGUUGAAAAGUUGAAGUAUUUCAAGUCGUCAGGAGCCGUAAAGUAAUCUUCAGUCGUCAGCGCGUGAUUCGGCGCCCAACAGCCACCGAAGAAUCAGCUGCCUGCGAUUCAUCGCGCUUCCGGCGCUGAACCGCCCCAUGUUAAAUUCAGCGCGUACUCUACCAGUGGACGGCGGCCUUUAGUUGUUGACCAAUCUUAGAGGUAAUUUCCGGAUAUAGUUCACAAGUGACACUUCAUCUUAGGUAUUUGGUAUUUGUAUUUGUAUUUAGUACCAUUGUAUUUGGCUGUCAUUGUUACCAUUUAGCUGCUGAUAGAAAAAAACGAGUGAUGUCGAUAUACCUACCUAGAGUUGGAAAUCGUUGUGUUGAAAUUGUGCAUGUGCGCAGCGCGACUAUAAUCAGCAUCUUUAAUAGAAAUGUCUUUUGCAAAUAAGCACGCUGGUGCCUGCAUGACGGGUAAAAGCAUUUUCGUAUUCUUGUGAAACAAACUAACCGAUAGGGAGCCGAAAGCCAAGACUGCUAUAAUAGAAGGAUAUUCGAAUUUUUAAAAGCUUCGGGUGAACUUCAAUGAACGUGAGAUGUGUUUCACGGAGGCCAACUCGCUUGAACGUCAGAUGGAUCUGACGUCAGCGGACCCACCUGAAUGUAAGGCACGCGGCGGUGGCGGCGUCGGGCCGGUCGAGCCGCGGGGAGAGGAGGCGCGCCAUGUGGCCGGGCGGCGGCGGGUCGGCCGGCCCCAGACGCACCAGGCCGCCGCCGGGCCGGCCGGUCGUGUGGUCGGUGGCCGGGAUGCCAUCCGCGGCCGCGGCAACCACCCGCUCCCAGAGGCCGCGGUCGCCCUCGACACCGGCCCAGCCGCACGUGUCCACCUGAACACAAAUUGGAGACGUCGUAUGCUGUGAAAUACUGUGGGACCGCCGCUAUAAUCGGAAUGCGAGGGCGAAAUCAGCACGGUAAACGGACGGAUAUCGAGAAAAUGAUGGUUACAUAUAGGGUUGACAGUCUACUCUGUUGUGCAUAUUAAUGUACGAGGCGUGCACGCUAAUAGCAAUGAUUGACAUUUUGAAUUGAUUUGGUGUGAAUCAUGUGAAUAUAUGCUGAUAAUGUG